CUCCAUUUACUGUCUCACUUGCCAGGUAUCACUCAUGGUGUGCUUAUUGGUCUGUUGUUAAAUCUCUGACACAUACGCGUUCAGGAAAAAACGCGCAUCCAUCCACCAUGCAUGGUCCUCUCCACGCAGGACUCGCCUCCGGAGCGCACGAGUGGCAUGAGUUUGGCUGCCCGGUACUGACACAGAGUGGGGAAUGAACAACACUCCGCCAGGAUUACGGUUGCUCAGGCCUCCGACAGUGAUAGGCCAGUUCCACACGCUGUUUUUUGGCUCUGUGCGGAUGUUCUUCCUUGGGGUUCUGGGGUUUGCCGUGUAUGGGAAUGAAGCCCUCCACUUCAGCUGUGACCCAGACAGGCGAGAGUUAAACCUGUACUGCUACAAUCAGUUCCGACCUAUAACACCACAGGUAUUCUGGGCAUUACAGCUGGUGACAGUUUUAGUCCCGGGGGCUGUGUUCCACCUCUACGCAGCCUGCAAGAACAUCGACCAGGAGGAGAUCCUCCAGAGGCCUAUCUACACCGUCUUCUACAUAAUCUCGGUUCUCCUGCGGAUUGUUCUGGAGGUCUUUGCCUUCUGGCUUCAGAGUCACCUGUUUGGCUUCCAGGUCCAUCCUCUCUACAUGUGUGAUGCCAGCGCUCUGGAGAAGGCCUUUAACGUCACCAAGUGCAUGGUACCAGAACACUUUGAGAAGACCAUAUUCCUGAGCGCGAUGUACACCUUUACCGUGAUCACAGUGCUGCUUUGUGUGGCUGAGGUCUUCGAGAUACUCUGCAGGCGCCUGGGGUACCUGAACAAUCAAUGACCUGGGUCAAGCAAUUGAUUGGGUCAUAGAUCUUAGCUCUCCUCUCUGUGUUUCUCAGCUGCGCAGGUCUGAUUCGCAUUGACAAUAAGGCAAAAAAAACAAACACAAAAAAACAACAUACCUCUGCUGAAUCUGUGUUGCGCAAAGAGUCCGAAUCCCAUAAUCCCUUUUGUUGUCUCAAAUAACUGGUUCAGAAGACCAACUGUGACUGGUUGGCUGAUGAUGGAAUGUACUUGUAAAAUUAUUAGUCAUUGGACUACGAGAGAAAGACACACUUCAAUAGUUUUUCUCCUAUCUUCCUCACUCUAGCCAAUCAUGCAGAGUCUGAACCAAAAAUAUUAAUAGCAUUGUUUUAAUUUUAAAAAGGACUGACGGAUUUCUGACAAACCCGACUACCACAGUAAUAUUGUCAUUGCCAUGUCCAUAAAUCAUAACAUAGGAGUACUGUUAUGAAACCCAAUGUCAAAUGCAAGAAACAGGAUCUCACUUCAAGACAUAGACAGACACCCAGUAUUAUCCUUAUUGAUAAAAAAGUCAGGCAAAAUUAUUUACAAACCGUUACAGCACUGACAGUGUCUGUAUAAAUUAUUAGUACAGUUAUCAGGUAAAGAACCCUAUGAGGCUCUAAAUUAAAAAAAAAGUAUUAUCUGGUAGGUGCUUUUAUUUAUAGAAAUCUAAAAUAUACAGUAUAUAUUUAAGUUAUUCCAGUUCAAGAACAUGGUUGUCCAUGACGCCACAUCUGUCAUGCAUUUUAUCAACAACUUGUGGUAAACGAGCAAUUGCGGAUUAGAAUUCUGUGCACAAUGUGAUUGGAUUUUGUAGAUAUUGGUAAUCUCAAAGUUUUUAGAUUGACAAUCAGUGUUGUAGCCGUACCUAAAAUGUUUACCUCUUUUGUUGUGUAUCUACAAGUUACUAUCAGGCAUCCAUCCAACUUUUGUCAUUAAGUUUCAGCUACAUGUAUCAUCUCAGGUACAACAUGGCAUUCUAUGUUCUGGUUUCUGUUGAAGGUGGAUGGUUUUAAAGUGUGCCUCUAUUGGCCAGGCUCUAGGGUCUAGUUUUGUCUAAAGAUCCAGCAGGAUUACAAAGAAUCUUCAAUGGAGACACACCCGUUGAACAUUGUUUUGAGUCCCGGGCUAGAUGUCUAGGACACUGCCAACUGCAAAAGUCUGUACAAUCAGCUUAACUAGCUUUGGAAUAGAAAUUGAUUAUAUUUUAUUAAUAUUUGAGGGGACGUGGAAAAUGUGCAUAGCAAAAUGAUGCUGAUACUCUUUACAGGGUCAAACAAGGGCUAAUUGGAUUCCCCUCGGCUUCUGUCCUAUCAAGGUCGAAGAAAUAAACACUGGAGAAUAUAUUUAUCAUGUUUAUGUUUUAGUUUUGCGAAUGUGUAAUUGCAAUGUUUAGUUUUCUUAGUUUCUUAAAGGAUAAUCUAUCUCACUUUACAUAUUUCAUUUUUUGUCUCAGUUUUGACUGAUGUGUAUUUCAUG